AUGGACGGACUACGGUCUGCAGCUGCGCGGGCGCGCAGCCAGGCGGGGUCCAAAACUCGGGUCACCUAUUCGCUGCCCCCGGAGAGGGACGACGGAUAUCGGCGCGGCCCUAGCGUGGUGUGCGCCACGGUCCCCCAGGGCACCGUGGCGACGACCGUCGCCCCGGACUGGCUCGCGAACGAGCUGGCCGGGCGCGGCAAGGUUGAUGCGGCAUGCCGCGACCAAAUGGUUAUGCACCUGAUGACGGCCGCCGGCGCCUCGGCGCCGGCCGACGCCGUGUUCAGGUUCACGGCCGGCGAGGCGAUGCAGACGGACGACGACGAGCAGGACGCCGAGGUCGCCGACCGGUCCGAGGAGUAUUCCGACGACGGGAGGGUGUCCGACUAG